AUGUGUCAUUUAAACGUUCAUCGAUGGAGAGCAUUAUGUAUACCACAUGGUCUUAUAUAUACUUUUUUAAGUAUAAUAAGUGUAUGUUUUCUAAUUUUAACUAUUGUCUUUGCGAGUCUAUAUCAUAAUUCUAAACCAUCAUCUAUUGUAUAUGCAGUUGAAAAAGGAAUAAUUGGUUAUCCUGUACGUUUACCAAACGAUGGUCGAUAUGUUCAAUGGACAUUUUUACAUUUAAAUGAUGUUUAUGAAUUAUUACCACUUCAUAAUGGACGAAAAGGUGGUUUAGCUCGUGUUGCUUAUAUACGUAAAUUAUUAAAACAAGAAAAUUCACAUACAUAUACAAUACUUGCUGGUGAUUUUCUUUCUCCAUCAGCAUUAAGUACAUCAAAAAUAAAUGGAACAACUUUAAAUGGUCGGCAAAUGAUAGAAACAUUUAAUACUUUAGGACUUGAUUUUACAACAUUUGGAAAUCAUGAAUUUGAUUUAGAUGAAAAAGAUUUACUUUUACGUAUGAAUGAAUCAAAAUUUUCUUGGAUAAGUACAAAUAUUUAUCGUAUAAAUAGUUCCAAAUUAUUUGGUACAAGUAUCUCACAUAAAAUACUUAUAAUUAAUAAAGUUCGUAUUCUUAUUAUUGGUUUAACAAUUGAUAAAAAUCAAGGUUAUGUUAAAAUUAUUAAUCAAACAUAUCUUAUUACACAUGUUCAACAAUAUCUUCAACAAUUUUCUCCUCAAACAUAUGAUAUUCUUGUUGCUAUAACACAUCUAGAUAUGUCAUUAGAUAUAAAACUUGCUGAAAAAAUUCCACAAAUUGAUUUAAUUCUUGGUGGACAUGAACAUGAAGAUUAUUAUUAUUUACGAGGAAGUAAAUAUACAUCAAUUUAUAAAGCAGAUGCUAAUGCUUUUACAGUUUAUAUACUUCGUUGUGCAUAUAAUAUUGAUACAAAAAAAUUUCGUAUUUAUCCAACAUUAACACCAGUAACACCAGAAGUUCCGGAAGAAGAACAAACAUCAAAAGUAGCUAAUUAUUGGUUUAAUUUAGGUAUUGAAGGUUUUCGUACAUCAGGUUUCGAACCAAAUGAAACUGUUUCAUGUCUACCAUUAGGACUUGAAUUAGAUGGUAGAUAUGAAUCAGUUAAAACUUCAUCUACAUUAUUAACUGAUUUAAUUUGUCAAAGUAUGAUCAAAGCUACUGAAUCAAGUAGAACAACUGUUGCACUUUUUAAUGGUGGUGCAAUACGUAUCGAUGAUAUUCUUCGUGAAACAAUAACACAAUAUGAUAUUAUACGUACAUUGCCUUUUAAAAAUAUUAUUAUCAUUCUCUCAGUACCUGGUAAAUUACUUGCACGUGUACUUACAACUGGUACAUCAAUGAAACGAGCUGGAUCUGUUCUUGCUUAUGCUGGAGUAGAAACUUUAAAUAAUGGUGAAACAUGGUUAGUUAAUGGAAUUGAUAUAUCAACAAGUGGUCUUAAUUAUACAAUAGCAACAAUAGAAUAUACAAAAUUACGUACAGAAUUAAACCAUCCAGAUGUUACUGUAUUACAGAAAACGAAUCUAACACAAGCAAAAAUAUUGAUUGAUUAUUUAAAAAUAAAAUAUCCUCCUUAAGUUCUAUAUGUUUUUGGUUGGGGAUCAGUUGGUCAUAGUUUAGUUGCGCGUCUUGCUCAAAGUCAAUUAAAUUCAACUACAAAUCAUUGGCUUGACAAUUAUAUUCCAUCGAAUUUACCUGAUGAUUUAAGUUUAAUUGCGUCAUGGCCUGAUAUUAUACUUUAUUUAGAUUCAAAUCCAUUUGAUUAUAAUGAUUGGCAAUGGUCUCGUGAAUUACAUUUUAUUAAUACACCUGAUUGGAAUUGUACAUAUAUUUCAACAAGAGAUUGUUUAAAUAAUCGAUGUAUUGAAGGUGCAUUAAAAAAUUAUUCUCAAAGAUUAAUUGAUAAUAAUUGUGAUUAUAUUCAACAACAAGAAGCUUUAUUUUUUCUUGUACAUUUUGUUGGUGAUGUUCAUCAACCAUUACAUUGUGGUUUUAAAGGAGAUUUUGGUGGUAAUAGUGUGAAAGGUUUGUUUUUAAAUGGAACAAAUGAAACAAAUCUUCAUACAAUAUGGGAUGUUGAAAUAAUAACGAAUCAUAUUAAUCAACAUUUUCAAUCAGAUAUUAAUCUUUAUUAUAAUUAUUUAGAAUCUCUUAUGUUAAAUCAAUCAUUAAAUAUUAAUGAAACAUAUGAUAAUUAUAAAUUAUGGAUAGAUGAAAGUGUUAAUUAUGUUUGUAAACAAGUUUAUUUUGAUGAUAAUAAUACUAAAAUUAAUGGUUCAUUAAAUUUUACAUUAGGAGAUGAUUAUUUCAAUAGAAAUUGGCCAUUGGUUGAUCAACGUUUAGCACAAGGAGGUCGUCGAUUAGGAUCAUUACUUAAUCAAUUAGCUAAAAGCCGAUCAGCUACUAAACUUCCACCAGAUGUUCAAGCAUUAAUUAUUGUUUUAUGUAUUGAAUUCAUUAUUGGUAUUAUUGCUGUUAUAGGAGUUUAUCGAUACAAACGACCAAUUAAUCCAGAAACUCAACCUUUACUAUCUUAA